GAAAUUCAACUUGAAGACCCCAGGGGUUGUCAAAAACGCCAUGUCACCUGGGUAAUCUGAUUGAAUCUUUCACUAUGGACAACGUGCAGCUGAACGUCAGCGAUUACGAUGAGGGUGCCGAGUCGUCGUUGGUAUCAGACUCUUGUGUUAGAAAUUCCGCGCGUGCGUGUGAACCUUGUCGUACACGCAAGACACGAUGCGAUAGAGCCGUUCCUUGUCUUCAAUGUCAACGUACUAGAACCGAGUGUACGUACUUGGCCAACAGACCGAGAGAGAAGCGGACACGCAUCCUACUUACCCCUCAGUACGAGAAAAAGAUCGAUCAGAUCGAUCACCGCCUCGAGGCUAUGACCCAGUUGUUGAGAGAUCUCAAAACGCAGAGCUCGAGGGUCAGCAAUAACAGAGGGUCACGUUGCGACCCCUCAGGAACAACCUGUGUUCUUUCUACAAAUGCACCCUCCCCCAGCUACUCAGAUUCUGCCACAACCCCAAUCGUGGAAGGGCAGUCGUCCUUGUCUGCUCACUCUGUAUUCGUCAACGAGUUUGUACAGAAUUUUGUGACGACUGACCUACUUGGGCAGCCUGACCCAGAGACCCGUAGAACGCUGGAUGCUCUUUCAACCAUAGCUAAUGACUCUAAUCCAUCCAAUAUAUUGAGCGAGCCCGUGGCAGCGCGUGUAAAGCUACCGAGCCAAGCGCAGCGGCGUGAUUUACCCCCUAUCCAGAAAGCUGUAUCACUCAUUCGUAUCGCAAAAGUCCAACGGCUUGCUGGCUCAGGGUGGGUCUACGAAUACAUCACGAUGAAGUCUUUUGGGGAUUUAUGUCUCGAGGUUUAUUUCGCAGAUCAGUUUUCACCCUUUGACUUCAUUAGCGUCAAUGCUGGCCUAUAUUCUCUCUUUUGGGACUUUGCUUGUGUGGCUGACAUCUCCGAAAACGAAAAGGAGCAACACCUUUCAUAUGCUCGCUUGUGUCGCGAUAACCUCGAGGCUGGGCUAGCAAAUCUUCCGUUACAUAUACCAGCAGCACCAAACGUGGUUGCUGCUCUUCUCUUCGCUGCUUUCUAUGCAAUUGGGUCAUCAAAGUCCUUACUAUGCUGGUCUCUGUCAUCCAAAGCGUCAGAAUUAUGUCAAACUUUAGGUUACCACCGAACUGUAUGCAUCAAUGGUAAAAACCCUGAAGACCAUAGAUACACGCAAUUUCUAUUCUGGAGCACCUACUAUGUGGACAAGAGUCUCUCCCUUCGUCUCGGUAGAGCUUCAACCAUUCCAGAGUGGGAUAUAGGCAUCGAUCUUCCAUCGCCACCCAGCGUUGGGCAAGAAUCUGUUCUUGCUUACUUCGUCUUGUGGAUUAAACUUGCGAGGUGCCAAGGCAACAUCUAUGAAUAUCUCUAUUCUCCUGGAUCGAUAAAUCAACCAGACUCCGUCCGCCAAUCCAGAAUUGAACUACUUAGAUCAACUCUACAUGAUUUGGAGCACGAGACACAAACGACAAUGAAUAAAUGGCUCAAAGUGUCGAAGGAGAAUGCAGGCGAAAAUCUCAUGGACUUUUAUGCUACCUCAGAUGCGGUCCUUCGGCUAUCGCUUCUUACCCAUGUCUACCGAGCUGCCCCACGAGCACCCCAUUGCUUGACAACAUUCAGCUCAGAUUGCGUACAAGUCGCAAGGGCGACCAUAGCGAAGCAUCAUGAAUGCAUGGAAAUCAUUCAGAAAGGCAACAACCUCUACUUCUCUACGUACAUUCAUUGGACACUUCUCUUUGCACCUUUCGUUCCGAUCAUAGUAGUAUUCUGCAAUGUCAUGGAAACCCGAGACCAUGCGGACCUUGCACGUCUCGAAGCAUUUUUGAAGUCAAUUGAAUCCGCAUCAGCCGUUUCAGAGCCGGCUGCGAAAAUGCACAAGCUUUUCCAGGUACUCUAUAACAUUGCAGUCAGAUACAUUGAGGUGCGGGCGGAAGAAACAGAAGCGCAGCUGGCUGCUCUUGGACUUCCACACGCCCGGACAUACUCGGCAAAUCAAUCAUUUGUACAGUCGUUGGGAAGUCACGAAGAAGUACAACCGGAUCUUAUUCAUGACCCUAGAAACAGUGAGAUCAACACCGACGAGCUUCAAUGGGCAGUGAAUCCGAUGUUUUGGAUGGGUAACGGAGCGGAGUUGGAAAAUUGGUUCUAUGACAACCAAUCUUCCAUGGAAACGUUGCAGGAUAUGGAUGUAAGCUCUACGAUGAGAGAGUAGUAAGGACCGCAUCUUUUAUGACUCCCUGUGGUACAGUCAUUAAAAGUCUUACAUAACUUUAUUGUGCACGUACGGAACGUGGUGCUUUGCUGUGGGAGUUUAUGUUCUUGGGAUUACUUUGGAAACAACUCAAUCACCGCCGAUUAGAUGCCCCACAACGUACACUUUCCAACAAAUUCAAAUUAUG